AAUUCAAGCAAAAACUCGAGAAUUUCGAGAGAGACAAGCCCGAGAACGUGAUUAUGCAGAGAUACAGGACUUGAACCGGACGUUUGGCUGUGAUGCAGACCCGAUGUAUGCUGGGAUUGUUUCCUAUGACUCUUCUUCAAAUAGUGGCACAAUAAUGCUGAACACCCGACCACAGAGCCCGAGGGAAGGGCAGACAGUGGAAGCCUUGUACGCCCAAGUGAAGAAACCACGGAAUUCAAAGUCUUCACCUGUAGACAGCAACAGAUCGACCCCUAACAAUCAUGACCGGAUACAGCGCCUGAGACAAGAGUUUCAGCAAGCAAAGCAAGAUGAGGAUGUGGAAGACAGGAGACGUACUUACAGUUUUGAGCAGCCUUGGGCAAGCACCAAGACAUACUCCCAGAGUGGCAGGCACUCCGUAUCGGUAGAAGUUCAAAUGCAGCGGCAGCGGCAAGAGGAGAGAGAGAGUUUCCAACAAGCUCAGAGGCAGUACAGCUCAUUACCCAGGCAAAGCAGAAAAAAUGCCAGUUCUGUAUCUCAAGACUCCUGGGAGCAGAGUUAUUCCCCUGGAGAAGGGUUCCAGACUGCAAAGGAAAAUCCCAGAUAUUCCAGCUACCAGGGAUCAAGGAAUGGCUAUAUGGGGGGACAUGGCUUUAAUGCCAGAGUAAUGCUAGAAACACAAGAACUGCUCCGUCAAGAGCAGAGGCGGAAAGAACAGCAACUGAAAAAAAAAACUUCUUCUGAAGGGCCUAGCAACUAUGACUCAUAUAAGAAAAUUCAGGACCCUAAUUAUACCCCUCCUAAAGGUCCUUUCAGACAAGAUGUACCACCUUCACCAUCUCAGGUAGCGAGGCUGAACAGAUUGCAAACACCAGAAAAGGGAAGACCAUUUUAUUCUUGAGGUGAAGAAAAUGAAGAUUGACUUACCAUGCAAUAAGGAACAUUUUCAUAUAAAGACUUACAUUUUGAAAACUUUUUAAACUGAUGGUACUAAGGAAAAUAUCCGUUGUCUAUUUCAGUGCCUUUGAAAAUAUGAGCAAA